CGCGGUCAGCCUUGGGACAGCAACCCGGAAGGCCACCUCGCAACCUUGCUGCUGCUGCAACACACUGCCAUGCUCGACUGACCACGCCCAUCGUCGUCGUCGCACACAUCUCGCGUCCCCACGAUGGCUUCCUCCUUCCACAUGAACAUCUUCCGCAUUCUGGGCGACGUCUCGCACACGGCGUCCAAGUGCAUCCUCAUCUGGGCCAUCCACAGCAACAAGUCGGCCGAGGGCGUCAGUCUCCUGACACAGUUGCUCUACUGCCUCGUCUUCACCACGCGCUAUCUCGAUCUCUUCUGGGUGCCGCCAUGGUUCAGCUGGUGGAACUUCGUGCUCAAGCUCUUCUACAUUGCCAGCUCGGCCUACAUCGUGUUCGUCAUGAUGCGGGUCUUCGCCAGGACGAGGGAGAAGGAGUAUGGAUGGAAGCUGGCCAUCUGGUCCUUGGCCGGCAGCACCGUCGGCGCACCCAUCGUGUGCCUGUUAUUUGAGGGUUGGAAGAGAUCCACGCUGUCAGAGGUAAUCUGGACGUUCAGUAUCAUUCUCGAAUCAGUCUGUGUGCUGCCGCAGCUCCUACUCCUCCGCCAGACCAGCGUCCCGACCGUCCUCGAUUCCUUCUAUCUCGUGACCCUGGGCAGCUACCGAUUCUUCUACAUUUUGAACUGGAUCGUCAAGAUGUUCAGCGCAGACCAUACCUUCGAUGCCACGAGCGUUGUCUUUGGUCUCAUCCAGACAGCUCUGUACGUGGACUUUGCAUGGGUCUACUGGUCACGACAACGUGUCAAGCUUCGGUAUGGCGGAAUUGUGGACAGUGAGGAUCUCAGCAAGAGCUUCAUCGUCAAGCGCUUCAUUGGGCGACGGAACAAUCAGAAUGGCACAGAUGACGACGAUAUCACCGAGGAGGAGGAUCGUCUGGCAGCACAAGAGUCGGGUACCGUCAGGCCGGGCAACAACCGCACUCCCAGCGACCGAUGGGGUGCCAGAGGCAUCAGCGUCUCGGCCGACGACACAUUGCAGGAGCAUCUUGACCACUCUUCUCGCGACGCCCAAAUGGUUGAUCCAUCUCACUUCGAAGAUGAUGACGAGGAUGAUGAUGCUCCUCCGCCACCUGCAAAGGAUACGCCACAGCAAAAGUCCAAGGCGGCAGAGAGCGCAAGCAGUGCUGGUUCGAGCGGAGUCGCGACACCAGACACCGAAGAUGCUGUUGGGAGCAGUGCUGCCGAGUGGAGCAACAAAUAGGCGAAUGCCUGGUUACGAAUAUUCAUGAUACCCAGACCGCCGUAUGGCGUCUCAUCUCAUCGUGUGGGUUGUAUCCAUAAUCGGCGCUUACUGUAUCAUAGUGCUUGCGAACAUGGCUUCUAUUGCACCACGAAAUGCAAUCUCAAUCUUGCAGCCAGCCAACGUUGACCAUAAGCCCACGCUUGCCGCGGAGAUCAUAUGAAGAGCAGGAC